UGGCUUUGAAUUAUAAAAAAAAAAAUAAAAAAGCAGCACCAAUGGAAAAAGGCAUUGUCCAAGCUUCAAAACAAAGACUCCCCUUCAAGUCUCUGACCAGGAAAAUACGCCAUGAAAUUAUCUUAAGCUGAAACAUGCUAUCAUGAUAUUGUGCACGCUUGUUGCUGUUCAAUCCCGUCUCUAUUAGGCCCCCGCUUCUUAAAGCCGUUCAUUUUCCCUUAAUUGACGGAAUUAGCUGUGAUUUGUUGCGAGAAACGAUCGUCUGAAGCAUGGAGAUGGCGAGCAGUAGACUCGUUGAGUCAGAGAUUCAUGGAUUUCGCACCAUGGAAGAGUUCGUUUGUUAACAAUGGCCCCCUUUUCUGUAUAACAGAUUUGGAUUUUGGCAACAUGAUAGAGGAAGCUAAAACCAGAUGGCUCAGACCCAACGAGAUUCAUGCCAUACUCUGUAACCACAAGUAUUUCACUGUUCAUGUCAAACCCAUGAAAUUGCCAAAAAGCGGCGCAAUUGUGUUGUUUGACCGCAAGAAGCUGCGCAAUUUUCGGAAAGAUGGCCAUAACUGGAAAAAGAAAAAAGAUGGGAAAACUGUCAAAGAAGCACACGAACACUUAAAAGUUGGUGAUAAGGAAAGGAUUCAUGUAUAUUACGCUCAUGGAGAAGACAGUCCAACUUUUGUGCGAAGGUGUUACUGGCUGCUUGACAAGUCCUUAGAAAAUAUUGUCCUUGUUCAUUAUCGUGAAACUCAAGAGGGUUCACCAGCGGGCCCAGCCACACCUGGAAACUCUAAUUCUAGUUCAGUUGCCUCAGACCCUUCUGCCACUUGGCGUUUGUCGGAAGAACCCAAUUUUAUGGUCAACGACAGCGAGCAUAAUGAGAGCGUGAACAUAGAAGCACAUGAGCAAAGACUUCACGAAAUAAAUACGCUUGAGUGGGAUGAGCUUUUGGUGCCAGAUAAUUCCAACAAGCCCAUUACUCCUCAAGAAGCUUCAGGACAAGCUGCAGGCCUUGAGUCCGCGAAUCAGUUUUUCAUGAACGGUUGCAUAAUUACUGAUGACCCCCUGGCAACUGACCAAGUGUCACCAGAAAGUUCCAGCAACAGUUUCUCAGGACAUGGUGCAUCUGGGAUUUAUUGCAUUGACUAUAAUAUCUCAAACAAUGUAUCCUACCAGAGUGCUCCAUGCGAAACAAAUGCGAAUUCGGAGAAUUUUAUUUCAGGGCUGGGGGAAUUAGUUGCAUGCAGUUCUUUAAAGAAUCUAGGGAAAGACGGUUUGGUAUCACAGGACAGUUUGGGAAUGUGGAUGCCAAAUGUAAAUGCCGACUCUUCACGACCAGUAGAUCGUCAAAGUCUGGAACCUUCGAUUUCAACCAGAAAUGAAUCUUUCACAUCUUCAGUGAUGGAUAAUCAUCUCUCGUCUGUUCCGAACCAGAUAUUCAACAUAACUGACGUCUUGCCUUCAUGGGCUCUUUCAACUGAAGAAACAAAGGUAAUAGUUGUUGCGUUUUUCAACGGAGGCCAACUGCCCCAGACGGACUUCAGUUUACAGCUUACUUGUGGAGACUCAGUUGUCCCCGUUGAAACCGUGCAAACUGGAGUAUACCGUUGUGUAAUUUCACCUCAAAAACCUGGAUUAGUUAAUCUCUAUCUCAGUUUUGAUGGGCACAAACCUGUCAGCCAAGUGUUGACUUUUGAGGUUCGUGCACCAGAAGUGGCUAGUAGGAUGAUGACAACUGCAGAUAAUAAAUCUAAUUGGGAAGAAUUUCAACUUCAGAUGAGGCUUGCACGUCUGUUAUUUUCAUCAUCAAAGAGCCUCAGUGUAUUUUCCAGUAAAGUAUCCCAAAACACCUUGAAAGAAGCUAAAGCUUUUGUGGAACGAACAACGGACUUAUCACAUAGCUGGGUCAAUUUUGCCAAAGUGAUAGAAGGAGCUAAAAUGCCAUUUCUCCAGGCAAAAGAUAGCUUGUUCGAGUUGACUCUACAGAAUAGGCUUCAAGAAUGGUUACUGGAGAAAAUAUUGUCAGGGUCCAAAAUCUUCGAACAUGAUGAACAAGGUUUAGGCGUAAUUCAUUUGUGUGCGAUCCUAGGCUAUACCUGGGCUGUUCUCCCGUAUUCAUGCUCUGGGUUGUCAAUGGACUAUCGUGAUAAAUGUGGGUGGACAGCUUUACACUGGGCUGCAUAUUAUGGAAGGGAGAAAAUGGUGGCUGCACUGUUAUCCGCUGGCGCGAAGCCGAACCUAGUGACGGACCCCACCUCAGAAAACCCCGGCGGGCACACGGCCGCUGACCUGGCCUCGAAAACCGGUCACGACGGCCUGGCAGGGUACCUUGCAGAGAAGUCUUUGGUGACGCAGUUUAACGAGAUGACGAUUGCUGGAAAUGCUAGCGGCACACUCCAUAGCCGAGCGAGUGAUGAUGUCAUCAGUGUGAGGGAUGAAGAAGAGAUGUAUCUCAAGGACACGCUGGCGGCCUACCGGACGGCAGCCGAUGCUGCCGCUCGCAUACAGGCGGCGUUCAGAGAGCACUCGUUCAAGGUGCGGAAAACGGCGGCCGUGGCGGCUUGCGACACGGAGGCAGAGGCUCGUAGCAUAGUGGCGGCCAUGAAAAUACAGCACGCCUUCCGCAGUUACGAGACGCGCAAACAGAUGGCCGCGGCUCUCAGGAUACAGUACAGGUUUAGGUCGUGGAAGAUAAGGAGGGAUUUUCUCAACAUGCGCCGUCAUGCCAUAAGGAUUCAGGCCGCAUUCAGGGGUUUCCAGGUUCGGAGACAGUACCACAAGAUUGUGUGGUCGGUUGGGAUUCUCGAGAAAGCGAUUUUGCGCUGGCGCCUCAAGAGAAAAGGCUUCCGUGGGCUUCAGGUUCAACCGGGAGAUGUCACGUUUAAGGAUCCGAAUGUGGAAAGUGACCCUGAAGAGGAUUUCUUCCAGGCCAGCAGGAAACAAGCAGAGGAGCGUGUAGAGAGAUCGGUCGUUAGGGUCCAAGCUAUGUUUCGAUCAAAACGAGCUCAAGAAGAUUAUAGGAGGAUGAAAUUGGAACAUAAUAAAGCCACGCUUGAAUAUGAAGGGCUUUUUCAUCCUGAUGCAACCAUGUCAUGAGAAAGAGGAUCGAUUGAGCUUCAAGUGCAGGCUUGUGUUAAUAAUGAAUGCAUGAUGCAUAUACAAACAUCCUUAAAGUUAUAUGUAGUUACCAUGUUCAACUAUUCAGAGGAGCAUUUGUUACAUGACUUUGUCCUCGAGGGUUUUCUUACUCAGACACAGAAAUUCGCAACUGUUAAUUACCUAGGCAAAGGCAAGGACAAGAUAUAAUAAAUUAAAAACAUCCCACACUUUUGCAAUCUAUGUUACCAACUUCAUCAACUGAACACAAGAUAUUUCACAUGUGAAAAAAAGUUGUUUUCGAUAGCCCCAAUGCAUCACUUGAUGUACUGAGACAUCCACCGGAAGCCCUCACCAUAACCCAUUUUCCGUACAAUGCUGCACAUGAAGACCUCAAGGGGGCGAACAUUUGUGCUUGAAAGGUCGACUUUGCCCUUGCCUGUGGUCAAACCCGUCAAGCCCAUGUAGUAACGCAGCUCAUCCUCCGAGGCUGCAUAGGGCAGAUCAAUCUUGUUCCCGAGGAUGAGAAAGGGGACAUUAGCCAACGAGUCGUCUGAGAGAAGGGCAUCGAGCUCCUUUUUAGACUCCGCAAAUCUUUCCUUAUCAUACGCAUCCACAAGAUACACCACAGCAUCAACCUAUGAGCAUAAUAAUCCCUCCAGACCCUUCGAGCAAUCUGGUGACCGCCCAAAUCGAAAGCUUUGAAUUUAAUUUUCCCAAUGCUCAAUUCUUCAGAUGUUGGAUACUGAGUUGGUUGGAGUAUAAGAAACCUCGUCUUUGAGCAUAUGGAGCAAGGUAGUUUUUCCGGCAUUAUCGAGACCCAGAAACAAAAUCUUGGCCUCCUUGUGGUACAGCCCCAACGACGCCAAUAUACCAUAAAACCAAUCCAAAAGAAACAUCCUUUCCUCGUCUUCCCACUCUUUACUCAGCACGAAAAAGAAAGAUCACAGAGAAAAAUAAACGAAUUUGCUCAAAGGAAGCAAUAAAGGGAUCGAGAAUAACAAGGUAAGCUCAAAAUCCUUUUGUUAUA